ACACUAAUCCCAAGCCACCUACUCCAGAUACCACCAAAAUGCCACCGAAACCGGCCCCGAGACAGAAACCAAAGAGCCCCAGGAUAGGACUUAGUAACCCCUAUCAGGAGGAGAGCGACGAAGAGGUCACGUUGGAAGUAAUUCCACAGGGACUGGUUGGUACCCCUGAUACCUCAGAGGAACAGGACAACCAUCCUGACGAAGAUGCCCCCUCGGACACUGGUGACGACCAGGCGUCACAGGAUAGGGAAGACGACGACAGCGAUCACUCCCUACCAAAGGAGGAGGAUGAGGGAGAAGACAGUAGUGACCAGGAGGAAACGGUUUCUCGACCCAAGCGGACCAGAAUGCAACCAAAGUGGAUGCAGAGUGGGCAAUAUGUCCUAAGUCAACAACCGGAUUGGAUAGGAAGGGCAAAUUAUAUAAGGGAUCUGGCUAAAUCUGGAGAGUUCAGGAAUGCUCAAAGUGACCUUACCAGAGCACUUCUGAAGGUGGUCACUGACAGUGGUGUUGUUUAGAGUUGACCAUCUUGUUAUAUAUAUUGUUUUACCUUAAUAUCCAGAAAUUUACUAAAAUCAUUUUAUUUGUUUCAGAAACUUCAUCCUGCUCACAAAAUAAUAAAACUUUGUAUCUUUUGCAGAAAUCCAGUCUCCUCGAUAUGGGGAUGUAAUUAACAUGGAUAAACCCUUAAUUUAUUUGUUUAAUUGUAGAUGCCGAGGACGACAUCUUUAAGCAGAGGGAGAAUGUGGCAGGGUGAUUUAUAUAGUUAUAUUGUAUCUAAUCUAGUAAUUAGUCAUUUAUUAAGAAGCAUCAUCAUCAAUGCACCAGCACCUCACAUUCAUCUAAUCACUAUGCAGUGUGUUGUCCAGGUAUGUCCAUGCAUGUCUUUGUGUGUGUGUUUACCUGUAGUGACUAGGAAUGUGUGUGUGCGUGAGUAUGGAAGAGUGUAUGUUACCUGUAUAGGUAGAUACAGGUUGUUACCUGUAUAGGUAUAUACAGGUGUAAGUAAUAAGGCUUUUGGGUCAAACCAUUAUGUUGGUCACAUGAUUGUCAACAUGGGUUUUAUUGGUUAUGAUAAGAUAGUACAUAUGUUUUUAUUGGUUUAUAUUUUCCCUCCACUUUUAUUGUUUGUGUCUAAGUCUUUGUGUUGAAUCUGGCAGUUUUUCUGCUGGAAGUUCAAGAAGAAGGUACCGGUUCUACCUGUACAUCCGUCCGGCAUUUCAAAAGUUAUGGCGAUAGAUUUCCGACGUGGUUUUGGAAGAUAAAUUCAGUGAUCUACUCCUGACCCUGGGUCAACUUGUUUAGAUCUAAUCAGAAGAUUAGAUUGCCAGAGAAAGUUCAGCCCAUAGCAGAACUUGAAUUGAAUCUGGAAUUUGGUUACUGAACCGAAAUGGAUUGAAUAAAUAAUGAGAACAACC